CCCAGACCAUGCUCCCCUGUCGAGCUUCGGACAUCGGCCAGUCGGUUGUUGACCUUGGAGACAGCCUCCCGCUGGCUGGGCGGUUCGAGGAAGGGCAUGACGAAGCCGUCCCGCUCUCUUCCGCUCUGUACGCCUGUCCAAAACCCAUGGCGUCCGAAGUUGCUUCGACAAGCGAUGAGGAAGUCCUUUGUCAGGUCGCCGCUGCCCCCGCCUACUCUGGGUGCGACACCCUUCGAGCGACUUCCUGCGUAGACGACUGUCGGACUGCCGAUUUGCUGGUCGUAGAAGACGCGCUCAUGGACGACGCAAGCAGUCAGCCGACCGAGUGCUUUGCAGCCCUCAAAGAAGAAUGCGAGGCGCCAGCAAAAACCAUCUUCGCCGCAAUCAUGAACCUGGCGGUGUCCCAGGGAGCUCCGUUCAAUCUGGACGAGUGGGGCCAGCUGUGGUGCUUCAAGCUUGCCCCUGUUCUUGCCGCCUUCGAAAAGCACGCCGGACCGUGCCCCGGUGCCUUCAUCGCUGCACGUGAUGCUGGGGGGAAUAAGGGGGCCAAGGGGUUCACCGUGUUCUUGAGCGCAAUGGAGUUUGAGACGUAUGUUGCGGGCGUCCAAGCGGCUGGCCUCACGCCGAGCCUGUACGAGGUCCUGCUCUCCUCUGAAGCAUCCUGGCUCUACCUUGACCUCGACUACACGUCAUCAUCCGAGGUCCCAGGCGACUUUGACGAACGGUGCGAGCAUCUGCACCGCCUUCUCGAGCACUUUUGCACCCACGUCCUCAAGCUGCCCCCCGGCCAACUCGGCGCCCCUCAGAUUGCCGCAUCACCCGGAGUCGUUGGGGUUCAGGGGCACUUCAAGAGCAGCGUUCACGAAGUUUUCAAGGGGGUCUACUUCGAAAAUUUGGAGGCGCGUGGAGAAUUUCAGAAAGCCUUGCUUCACUUCCUCGACCACCCUUCUGCGAACCUAGCGUUUAGCGCCGAGUUCGUGAGGUACACAAAGCCCGGCAGUGAGGUCAUUGACAAGAUCUGGGACGACUCAGUGUACAGCAGCAAUCGGAACUGGCGCACUCUUGGUUCAUGCAAGCUCCAUGACCCACGGAUCCUCUGCUCAGAGGAGGGCAGCUCAGAGCGCGCCUCAGACCACUUCAUUGGCAUCCGGGGCGGGUCCGAAUUAAGCGGCGCGCUCCAGGUCGACGUCGAUCUGCUGCGGGCUUACAACGCAGCGGCGGGGGUGGCUGGGAAGUCGGGGCUUAGACAGCGGCAAGUCCCUGCUCGUCGCAAGUGCCCCGACGAUGAUCUCGAACGGGAUGAACCGAUGCAGAGGGACCUUGGGCCGGAGGAGAGGGCACGUCUGCUGGAAUGCGCUCAAGCAGACCACCCUGGGGCGACCCUGGGGGCGGAGAAGCAGACCCGCCCGGGCGUCUUCACCGUCAAGAUCUGCGCCCCCCCCGGUAGUCGCACCUGCUGCCUUGCUGGACGCGAGCAUGGUAGCGAGGGCAACAGGCAGUACUUGCUUUACCGGCGGGCGAACCCUGGAGAGGUGUUCUACCGCUGCUUCGCCCCAUCGUGCCAGGGUCAGAAGAACGAACGGCUUCUCUCUCUGCGAGCGACCGACUUCGGUUGGAGCGAGGACUACUCCCUGUCAACGGGGAUGCGGCCUUACCCCACAAUGGAGAUCCGCCCGGACCUCCUCCAAACAAUGCUAGUGAAGGCGAACAAAGGGAUCGGAAAGUCGAAGGCCGGGACUACCUUUCUGGUGGACAUGCUCCGGAAGAACCCCUCGGCCACCUGCGUCGUCAUUGCCAGCAACGUGGCGCUGGCUGACAAGCACCGCGAGGAGCUCCACCGGGCGGGCUUGACGGACUUCGUUCUCUACUCCGAUGUGGAAGGCCCCAUCAAGGACAGGAGGGUUGUCGUCUGCAUCAACUCGGUGCCACGACUCUCUUCCCUCCGAAAGGACAUCGUCUACAUGGACGAGAUCGACAUGACCCUCAGCAACCUGAACUCCGACGUCAUGAAGGACCGUAGGAUGGUCUUCAUGGCCCUGCACGCGCUGGUUGAAGAAGCCCGUGUAGUGGUCGGGUUGGACGCCAACGUCGAUAGCGCACGCGUCCUCGAGUGGGUCCAGAGUAUCCGCCCUGAGGCCGCCAUGCACGCCAUCCGCAACUCCGGAGUCCGCCCAUCCAAGCGAACGGUGACCAUCCGACCGCUGCCUUUCGGGUUCAAGGGGGGCGACCGCUUCGCUCCCGUCAUCGACUGGAUUCUCGAGAAGGUGGACGCAGGGGAGAACGUUUGGGUCGCAUCGGCGAGCCGGUCCUUCAUUGAACAGCUCGAGCAGGAGUUCCGGCUGAGAUUCGCGGACACAGGCAAAAGCAUUCUCACCUUCCACGGGGGGAAGACGGCAUCGGGCGAGAAAGAGCAGCUUCGACAGGCGGUGGCCGACCCAGACAACCGCAUGGUCGCCCACUGCCUCGGUUACUCUCCGACAGUCGGCCCAGGGGUCUCGAUAGAGGUCAAACACUACCAUCGGGGGGUAGGAAUCGCCCUGAACCGGCCGAAUGACGGCCCUGAUGUCUUCACCUUCCAGCAGAUGCUUCAAAGAGUGCGGGACGGGGGUGAUAUCGACAUCUUCUACCUGGAAACCCCCCCGCCCAAGUUCGUGCCCACGACCAAAGAGGCCGUGUUCAGGACAAUCGAACGGCAAGACGCCCAGCUACACGCGCUCGUGAAGCCAUCGGAGGUUCUCGACUUCAUGCAAGGGAGGGGCAUGCACGCUGUCUGCGACCGCACGUCCCCCACCUGCAUCGUGUACGCCAACAACGUGCUGGCGCGCUAUCGCAGCAUGACCGACUACGUUGAGCUUCUGACGGAGGACCUUGAGAAACAGGGCCUUUCAGUCGUGCACAGGUUGGGCGAAGUCGAAAGAGAAGAAGACGAGCAUAGGCUGCCCGCGAGGCAGGGUCCCGAUGCAAGCGAGAAUCCUGACGCACGUCUCUCGGACGAGGAGUGGCGAAAGAAAUUCUGCAUCUCGCCAGAGCAGAACCGCGAGAUUCUGAGCAAACGGGAAGCGCUUGAGGGUCUGAGCGACCUGGAGGAGAAGCAACGAGAGGUGUACUUCUAUGCCAACGAGGUGUAUGGUGUGGACUACAACCGUGUCAAUCGUGCCUUCUUCGCGGACUUUUGCGACGAGGAGAAGAAGCACAUGUACCUGAACUACAAGCGCUUUCUGCGGACGUCUUCGUUCGAGGAACUUCAGGGCCGCUUCGAGUCCUCCAUGAGCUAUGCGAAUGAUUGCCUCCCAACCAAGGACUACCUGGAAGAACGCAACCGGCCCAAGAACCUCGUCUUCUUUGCGUUCCGCCUUCUCGCUGCAAUGCUCAACGUCGAGCACAACGCUCUUGAUCGUUCUGCAUCGGGAGCUUCUUAUAUGGUUGCCGAGAACAGCCUCCAAAACGCCUACUCCCUCCUCGUUGCCCCCCAAUUGGCCGAGGCAAAGCGCUGGUACGGCAUCAAGCAGAGCAAGGUCCAAAGGAACGAGAAGAACGAACCAAUCAUGACGGAUACGUUGAAGCGCAACGUCGUCAAAGGGAUACUAAAGAAGGGCCUCGGGCUGAGCUUCGUGGAUGUACCAGGCAAGAAGAGCAACAACGAGUUUGUGAGGCCCCACGAAUUUAGCCCGGAGCUCUAUAGAGAGGUCCAUGCUACAUAUGGCAAAGUGCCUAAGUGCUAGACUUGGACAGUCAGUCCAAAGAAGAGUAGUGACGUCAAAAAGUGUUGCUAGGCUUAGAGGGUCUUUUUAACGGAGUUCUUCGUAGCAAGCCUUUUCCCUCCACGAAACCUAGUUCAAGAGACCGAUCAGUAUUUAUGCAAGCCUCUUCUAGAGACCCAAUCUCCUCGAUGUACCCCUUUUGUAUGCAACCGUUCUCUUCGAGUAGUUUUCGAGCAACAGCGAGAACAUGUUGCACCUCUUGAUCACUAUAUCCAAUCUCAAUUUGAGAACACUUUGCACAGUUCAGGUAGCCUGCGAGGUAGCUCAUUGAAGUCAUCGAUGUUGCUGG